AUGUUAUCUGUUGAAAAUGCGUACAAAAAUUCGAGCGGCAGCGGAGGCGGAGGUGGAACAUUGUCAAAAUUGAAAUUGCCAAUACCAGCGCUGGCUACGAAAACCAUGGAUCUCUUACCCGUUGUGGAGAAUAAACGAAAAUUUAGCUUUCCCGUUGCACUGCAUUCGUCAUCGCUGUUGGGCGAUGUCAAUACUUUGUCGGCUCGACGUCGAUUUAGCAAUGUUAGCGACGUUGUUACCCGGAAAUUGUCCAGCACGAUCGGAUGGAAGCUACCGUCAGCGGUACCAACUCAAGAUUUGGUAACACAGGGUAAAUGUCUAUGUGGGCAAUACAUUCGCAAUCGAUUGAAACGAACCGGUUUGUUUACAAAGAAAUUAGGCUUGCAACGACUUCGAAGCAUCAUCGGCACACCAUCGGCACAUAUCGUACGCGAAGUAUUCCCAGCAUUGAACUAUGUUGGCGAAGAAUUGGAACGAAUGCACCCAACGCUGUAUACAAAUGUCACAAGACAAAUCACUCGACCGUCGAGCAGUGAUUUACAAACAGCCGACACAGCACCAGCGAUCUUAAGCGCUGUGGCCCGCGAUCUGUUUCGUAGUGAUAUUACAUGGGGCAAGGUUGUGGCGUUAUUUGCGAUUGUUGGUGGCUUGGCCGUUGAUUGUGUGCGGCAAGAUCAUCCGGAAUAUCUGCCGAAGUUGGUUGAAGGCAUCGCCGAUGUUGUCGAAGACGAACUGGCCACAUGGAUAAAUGAAAAUGGCGGUUGGGGUGGUCUAACGACGCAUACAAAUCCGGAGAAAACGAAUUUCUCGUAUAUGGGAUGUGCUGCGUUGGUGUUUGGCUGUAUAUUUGGCAUCAUCAUCUUGUAUUUCACCCUUCGAUUUCUUGGUUAUCAAUUAAUUUCGUGCUUGAUUUGGGUGCACAUAUUCGAAUGUUAUAGCUAUAAUUUGUUUGCUGUUUACUUUGGGUUUAUUUUUUGCAUGCUGCCACUGGAACAAGAGCCCAGUAUCGAAAACAAUGACGAUACACAACAAACAAUCGAUUACGAUUCCACCGACGAACUAUUGUUGCCGUGGAAGAAAGUGAAAAGUUUAAGUUUUAUUCAAAACAAUCGUGAGCAAUUAGUGACUUUACAGGCCAAAUGCUUGUGCUGUCAAUAUGUGCGAGCUCGGUUGAAACGUGCCGGGAUUCUGAAUCGCAAAGUGUUGCAACGGCUGCGUUAUUUCUUAGACACACCAACAUCGUUCGAUGUGCACGAAGUAUUCCCGGCACUGAACACGAUGUGCGAAGAACUGGAACGAAUGCAUCCGAGAGUGUAUAUGAAUAUAUCGCGUCAUUUGUCACGGGCACCAUUCGGUGAACUUGAAGAGGCACACACUGCACCCUAUCUAUUGAAUGCUGUGGCAAAGGAUCUGUUUAAGAGUGGCAUCAAUUGGGCGAAAAUUGUGUCCAUAUUCACGGUGUCGGGUGGAUUAGCGGUUGAUAUUGUGCGUCAAGGUCAUUAUGAUUAUUUGCCACGGCUCAUCGAAAGCACCGGUGAUAUUGUCGAAGAUGAUCUUGUGCCAUGGCUACUCGACAACGGCGGAUGGUCAGGACUGCUGGAACACAUACGACCCACAUACUAUUAUUUCGAUCGACAAUUCACACCAUCUCAGUGGCUCACCAUUGCCACAUCAGCUCUAUUUAUUUUUUAUGUUAUCACAUUCAUCGUUCGGUUAAUGCUUUCGAUGCCCAGCUCAUGAUAGACGCGAUAUGGAUCGAUGCGAUGAUAUUGUUGCGCAAUAUAUACACACAUACCAUAGUAAAAUACAUCACGUGUCGGCCACGAGUACUAUCUAUUUAUCUAUUUGUUGCUUAGA